AUGAAUGAGCCUAGAUGCACAUCAGAUCCUUCGGGAAGAACCAUUCAGGGCUGGGCAACGGAGAUGGCUUCUUAUGUUAAGUCUAUUGACAGAAACCAUUUGUUAGAAGUUGGCUUAGAAGGAUUCUAUGGGCAAUCAACUCCUCAGAGGAGGAGUCUGAAUCCUAAUUUUGACAUAGGAACUGACUUCAUCGCCAACAACCGUAUACCUGGCAUUGAUUUUGCUACUGCUCAUGCCUAUCCCGAUCAAUGGAUAACAAACUCAAAUGAUCAAGCCCAGCUAUCGUUUCUCAACAAUUGGCUAAACUCCCACAUUCAAGAUGCUCAAUAUAUUCUCCGAAAGCCAUUACUGAUCACAGAAUUCGGGAAAUCUUGGAAAGAUUCAGGUUUCAGCUCCUACAAGAGGGACCUUCUUUACAACACAGUGUAUUACAAGAUAUAUUCAUCAGCCAAGCGUGGGGGAGCAGCAGCUGGGGGGUUCUUCUGGCAACUUUUAAGUGAAGGAAUGGACUCGUUUCGUGAUGGAUAUGAGAUAGUCUUAAGCCAAAACCCUUCAACUGCAAAUUUGAUUGCUCAACAAUCUCAUAAGCUGUACCAGAUUCGGAAAAUAUUCUCAAGAAUGAGAAAUAUUCAGAGGUGGAAGAGAGCAAAGGCUGCUAGAAGGGGUGAUUGGACAGGUAGCAACAGAGGAAGGCGAAUUGGAAACUAAUGAAAAACAUGCUAUAUUUCAAUUUGAAGCUAUAACUUCUGUUUUUAAUGAAGUAGCAUGUGUGACAGAGAAAAACUGUCCUAAACGAUUUUGUUUGAACAUUCUCUAAACAGUUUGCAAAAGCCCUUCUUAGAGAUGAUUAUAUUUCAUCCAGGUGGGUUAAUAGAUUACUUACUAGUUGUGUUGUUUUCUUAGUACUUGACUACUUGUGUAGUUAUUUAAAUGUUUGUAAUUUGCCAUCAUAUCCUGUCAGUAAUGAAAGGGUUUGAAAGAAGUCUCGACUUUCAUUA